AUGGCGAAUGACAAGGUGCCUGAUGCCCCCUCGGGCAACGAGCCCGUUAUACAUGGUAGCACCAUGGGAGCCGCAGCACCUCACAUCGCCUCGGAGAAGGCCGUCGGGGAUGAUUCUGACACGCUCGAAAGAGCGCCGACUCAUCAAUCCGAGGCCUUCAAGGAAGCCCAGAGGCAGAAUGCGCUCGAUGCUCUGGGUAUUCCUGACUGGCAGGCCAAGGAAAAGAAGAUUGUCCGGACUCUGGAUAUGACUCUGCUUCCUCAGCUGUGGAUUCUAUACAUGUUUAACUACUUGAACCGCACAAACAUUGCCCAAGCCCGCCUCGAUGAAGACUUUGAAGCAACGCUUCAGCUGGGAAACACCGACUAUAGCACCGCUGUGGCCUUGCUCACCGUUGGUUACAUGUUGGCCCAGCUGCCCUCCAACAUGCUCAUCACCCGAGUUCGCCCUGCCGUCUACCUGCCACUUUGCGCAAUCCUGUGGUCUGGAGUUUCCGCAGCUACUGCAGGUGUGACUAGUCCAGGUCAGCUGUUCGGUGUUCAGUUCGUGCUGGGAAUCAUUGAAGCUCCCUUAUUUCCUGGUGCUGUGUAUCUCAUGUCGUGCUGGUACACUCGCAGAGAAUUAGCUCUUCGUACCGCGCUUCUCUAUUCCGGCUUGGUUCUCGCGCAGGCUUUCUCGGGCCUGAUUGCUGCCGGCGUCUUCUCCGGUAUGUCGGGUGCUGCAGGCGUUGCAGGCUGGCAGUGGCUCUUCAUCCUUGAAGCAGCACUCAGCGCCUUCUUUGCUCUGACUGCCUUUUUCAUCCUGCCAAACUACCCGCACUCCAAGAAUGGAGGCGCCAUGUGGUCCAUGACUGAAGAGAUGCGGAGAAUCGCUGUGGCCCGUAUCGAGGCCGACCGCGUGGAGGAACCUACAAACUCGACUGUAUGGCAGGGCUUGCGCCUGGCGCUGACAGAUUUGAAGACGUACAUCUUCAUUUUCAUGAACAUCUUCAUGACCUCCUCGUACGGCUUCAACAACUUCUUCCCCACCAUGGUUCGCGGCUUUGGCCUCGGCAGCAGCACAAUGGCUCUCGUCCUCACCGCUCCACCAUACAUUCUCGGCACUAUUGUGUCGUUCUGCGUGGCAUGGUCAUCAGACCGUAAGAAGGAACGUGGUUUCCACAUCAUGGCCAACAACUGCGUCUCCAUCGCCGGUUUCAUCAUCUCGGUGGCGACGCUAAACACGCCUGCUCGCUACGCCGCUGCCUUUCUCUACACAUCUGGUAGUUUCUCGGCGAACGCGUUAGUAUACACUUGGGCUGUGUCAUCGCUCAGUCAGACACCUGAGAAGCGUGCCGCUGGCGGUGCGAUUGUGAACAUCAUGGGCCACCUUGGCAACGUCAUGUCACCUUACUUCUUCCCCGACAGCGACGCGCCGCGCUACACGAUGGCCAUGAUUCUCCAGAUCGUGUUCGCGGGGUUGACGUUUACCAUGGCAUUCACGUCCAAGACGUACUUGAGGAGGCAGAACAAGAAGCUCAGAGUUGUGGCGGAUGAUACCGGUGCUGUGUACAAUCCGUUUACUACAUAA